ACAGACAUCUGCGUAUGAGUACAAAGGUGCACUUGUGAGGUGUGUUGUUGGUGUGGAGUCCAGCAAGGCAGAGAUGUCCAACGGUGUCAAAGCCAGAAUAGUGAUAGUGGGAUGUGGAAUAUCAGGGCUAGCAGCGGCACAUAAACUCGUUAAAGCUGGAUUUAACCAAGUGCAGAUACUAGAAGCUUCAGCUCGAAGCGGAGGGAGGAUAAAAACGGGAAAAUUUGGUGAUAACAUAAUAGAGAUCGGUGCAAACUGGAUCCACGGGCCAUCCGAGGAGAACCCAGUGUUUUUAUUGGCUCGACAAUAUGGACUGCUGGAUCCAGGGUCCCUCAAGCCAGAGAACCAAGCCAUGGACACCGGGGGACAUCCUCCCUGGGUGCCCAAUGUCUUCACCAGCUCAGGUCGCAAGUUAAGCCUUGAGGAUGUGUAUCCUGCCAAGGAGAUGUUUGAUGAGCUGCUGAAUGAGAGCUCAGAGUUUCAGGAGAGAGGAGGAGAACCUUGGCCCACCGUGGGUCAAUUUAUCCGUGCAGAGGUGCUACGAAGAGCAGCCGACAAGUGGAAAAUAACCGAUGCAGCCACAAUAUCUUUAUUACGGUGCAUGAUCAGCACCAUUUUGAAGGUGGAAUGUUCUGUUAAUGGAACUCACAGCAUGGAUGACCUCGGCUUGGGUGCUUAUGGCCUCUAUAAAACUACGCUGGGACUUGAUUGCACCUUGCCAGGUGGUUAUGAAGGUCUCCUGAGAAACCUGAUGUCUGAGCUCCCCGCUGAUCUGGUGACCUACAAUAAGCCAGUGCGCUGCAUCCACUGGAACAACACAGAGAAGACAGACACACACCUGACUGUGGAGUGCGAAGACGGGGAGAGGGUGGCUGCUGAUCAUGUGAUCGUGACGGUGCCUCUAGGCUACCUAAAGAAGCACUAUUCCACACUGUUCCAUCCUCCUCUUCCUUUACACAAGAUGCACUCUGUACAGAGAUUUGGCUUCGGCACCAACAAUAAAAUAUUUGUGGAGUUCGAUUCGCCAUGGUGGGACGACGACUGCCAGGUCAUCUACUUGGUGUGGGAGGAUGAGGACGCCAUAGUGGACCAGGUGCAGGAUGUCCAGGGAUCUUGGAUAAAGAAAUUAUUUGGCUUCACUGUGGUAGAACCCACUGAAAGGUACGGCCAUGUUUUAUGUGGCUGGAUCGCCGGGCAUGAGUCCGAGUACAUGGAGACUUUACCUGAGCAGGAGGUCCUGCACGCCGUCACCCAACUCGUCCGCAUGUUUACAGGCAACCCCAUCAUCAGCCCACGCAGAAUCCUGCGCUCUCAAUGGUUUAACAACCCCUGGACAUGCGGAUCGUACAGUUACCCUUCUAAAGGUUGCUCAUUGCAAGACUUGGAGAACUUGAUGGAGCCUCUGCCUUCGAAGCCAUCACCGUCACAACCCCUGCAGGUGUUGUUUGCCGGGGAGGCGACUCAUCCUACCUACUACUCCACCGUCCAUGGAGCCCUUCUCACUGGCCGGAGGGAAGCUGACAGGCUGGUGGCUCACUACUCUUCCAGUCAGCCACAGAAUCUUAUGGCGAAGCUUUAAAAAAAGUUAACGCCGCUCCGAUUUGUCUGCUGUAUUAUGAAUAGAAUUAUAUUUUUAACUGAUACAACAUCCGUCAUCUUUUUUAAUCAGGGCCAUACAAGCAAUUCAUGUCAGUUAUUUGUCUAAAUUAAGAUGAAUUGAGGUCCAACAUUUAAUGGGAAAGGGGAAUAAAAGCAAUACAGCCA